GCUUUCCACUGACGUGCGAAGAGUGCUGCUAUGUUGUAAUGUCUCGACAUCUUGCUGAGUUGGGCUAGCAACUCCUGCCAGCACACAAUGGCGAAGAUAUAUGAGUUCCAGUGGCAACGACCUGUACCGGAAGUCCUGCAGAUGGGUCAGGUGUUUGACCGCUGGGAGGAAGACACCGGUAUUAUUGAGAAAAAUUGCACGUUCAAAGUUGAUGAGUAUGGCUUCUUCAUCUAUUGGAGCUGCGACGGUAAGGACACGCAAGUGCUUGAACUCGCCCAGGUGAGUGACGUAUUCAUAGGAUCCGGCGCCUCGAUCAUUGGCCGUCCCACGGACCCGAAAAUUACAGAGCAGUUCACGAAGGAUAGCAUGCCGCUCGUUGAGGACCGGACGUUGACACUGUGUCAUGGCCUGGACUUCGUUAACCUCACCUACAUUCACCUAGUGUGUGCUGACCCUGACAUUGCUUGGCAGUGGGUACAGGGUAUCCGUAAGCUGAACAACAACAACAAGGCAAACAAUGUAUGCCCUAUGACAAGCAUUAUGAAACACUGGCUGAAGCUCACACUUGCGACGAACCCUAAUGGCAACAUCCCUGUACGCAGCAUCACAAAGACGUUUGCAUCUGGGAAGACUGAGAAGAUGAUCUUCCAGUCACUGAAAGAGCUUGGCUUUUCUAGCGGCAAGAACGAUGAAAUUGCACGCAUGGAGUUUACAUUCGAGAAGUUUUAUGAGCUCUAUCACAAGAUCUGCCCACGUACUGACAUUGAAGACCUUGUGAGGCAAGUCACGCGUGGCAAGGACUUUCUUAGUGUGCCACAGCUGAUCGAAUUUCUUAAUGAGCGGCAGCGUGAUCCUCGUCUGAAUGAGAUCUUGUUCCCGUUCUUCGACCACAAGCGCGUCGUGCAGCUGAUUGAGACAUAUGAGACAAAUGCUGAGUGCAUAAAGCAGGAGCGAUUAAGCAUUGAUGGCCUUUGCCGCUACCUUAUGUCAGACGAGAAUGCCCCUGUCUUCCUCGACCGACUUGAGAUUUGCCAGGAUAUGGAUCAGCCAGCUUGCCAUUAUCUGAUCAAUUCGUCUCACAACACUUACCUUGUUGGGCGCCAGUUUGGUGGCAAAUCGGCCGUGUACAUCUAUCGGCAGGUGCUCCUGGCAGGCUGCCGCUGUGUAGAGCUUGAUUGCUGGGACGGGAAAAACGAGGACCAAGAGCCAAUCAUUACACACGGCAAGGCAAUGUGCACAGAUGUUCUCUUCAAGGACGUGAUCCUGGCAAUUGCGGACACAGCAUUCACUACGUCUGAGUACCCGUUGAUCCUCUCGUUCGAGAACCACUGCAGCAAACCGCAGCAGUAUAAAAUGGCCAAGUACUGCGAAGAGAUAUUUGGUGACUACCUGCUGAAAGCGCCGCUGGAAGGGUUUGGUCUCGGGGCCAACAAGCCACUGCCAUGCCCGUAUGCGCUGCGCAAGAAGAUCCUUAUCAAGAACAAGCGGCUGAAGCCUGACGUGGAAAAGAAGCAGCUUGAACUGUGGAAGGUGGGACAGGUCGACAUUGUUACGGAUGAGAACAUCAUUGUCGAAGAUCCUGAGGUGGUGAUUGAUGGCGAAGAGGGCCCGCUGGUGAGCGAGUUGCCGCCGCCAAUGAAGCCUGAGGACAAUGAGGCUCACCCAGAAGUUGCUCACAAGGUCGUCACAAAGGCUGAGUCGGUUGCAAGUAACGAGAUUGAGUUAAAGAACGGACUGAUCGACUCAACUGAUGAGAUCAAUGACACAACGAAGAAGGGCACCCUGUCGAACGAGGAUGAACAGCAGCUGCUGCAGCAAUACCACUACACUGGUGCCACAACAAACAUUCACCCACUGCUCUCGUCAUUUGUCAACUACGCACAGCCAGUCAAGUUCCAGGGCUUUGACAUCGCUGAAGAAAAGAACAUUUCCUAUAACAUGUCGUCAUUCAAUGAAUCGACGGGUCUUGGCCUGCUGAAGACAAGCUGUAUAGAGUUUGUCAACUACAAUAAGCGUCAGCUGAGUCGCAUCUACCCGAAGGGUGGCCGUGUUGACUCGAGUAACUACUUGCCGCAGAUAUUCUGGAACGCCGGAUGCCAAAUGGUGUCGCUUAACUUCCAGACGCCAGACCUAUCGAUGCAGCUGAACCAGGGCAAGUUUGAGUACAACGGCGGCUGCGGCUACCUGCUGAAGCCUGACUUCAUGAGGCGGCCCGACAGGACCUUUGAUCCAUUCUCAGAGUCGCCUGUCGAUGGAGUGAUCGCAGCACAUUGCUCGGUGCAAGUGAUUUCCGGCCAGUUUCUCUCCGAUAAGAAGGUGGGGACUUACGUUGAGGUCGACAUGUAUGGACUGCCGACAGAUACCAUUCGGAAAGAGUUCCGCACGCGCCUUGUGCCUAACAAUGGCCUCAAUCCUGUCUACAACGAAGAGCCGUUCGUGUUCCGCAAAGUAGUGCUGCCGGACCUGGCUGCUAUCCGCAUCGGUGUGCAUGAUGAGAACGGCAAGCUGCUCGGCCAGCGCAUCCUGCCGCUCGAUGGACUCAAGGCUGGUUACCGACAUAUCUCGCUGCGCACAGAGGGCAACUUCCCGAUGUCCUUACCGACAGUCUUCUGCUGCAUUGUGCUGAAGACAUACGUCCCAGAUGGCUUCGGCGAUUUUGUCGAUGCUUUGUCAGCACCAUUACAGUUCCUGUCGGCGCAGGAGAAGCGCGCCAAGCAGAUGGAGCAGAUGGGCAUUGCUGAGAGCGACAUAGGCGAUGCGCCACUGCGCAAAGACCUAAAGUCAAAUAGCAGCAAUGUAGCAAACAACUCAAAGGCACAGGCACAGGUGAGCAUUGAUGAGAGGAAGGCCACUGAGGAGGUCGUCUUUGAAGUUAUCAAGCCAGAUGCUCUUAUGAAGGACAAGUGCUAUGAUAAGCUGCUGCGGAGGCAGCAGAAAGAGAUGGAGACACUGAGAAAAAAGUUUGGCCGUGAGCGCGGGAUCAUGCAAAAAGUGCACUGCAUGUCCGUCGACAAGCUCGUCGCGUUGCACGACCGAGAGAAGCAGUGCCAGGAGAAGAACCUUGAGAAGGCAAUCAGGAAGAAAGGGGAGGGCAACUGCAAUGAUGUCAAAUCGGAGACAGAGGCUAAGAUCCAGACCCUUGUUAACACACACAAGGAAAAGGUUAAGGAGAUGGUAAGUGAGCAGACGAGCGAGUGGUCGGAAAUGAUCAUGCGGCAGCUGAAGGAGGAGCAUGACUUACUCCAUGAGCACACAAAACAGCAGUGUGAUGUCCUCAACAAACUGCUUGAAUUUGCGCAGGAGCAGCAGCUAAAGCAACUUGAUGCAAAGCUCGAGAAGGAGAACAAGGAGCUGAAAGGAGUGCAGGCAAAACAGUCAAUGGAUGCGAGCAAGGCGGUGAACAACGACAAAUCUAUCAAGAACAAAGCAGAACGUGAGCGCCGGGUGCGCGAGCUAGUGCAGACAAACACAAAGAAAUUCAUCGAGGAACGCAAGCGGCUCGCCAUGCGUCACUCGAAGGAGAAGGAAAACCUGAAGAAAUCACAUGUGGAGCAGAAAGAGAACUGUAUGAAGUUCCUGCAGGAACUCGUAGAGGCACAAACAGUUGCUCAUGAAGAAGCACGAAUGGCCAGCAAACCAGAGAUUGUUGUGUAGGUGGUGGUGUAUCACAGCACCCCACAUUCUGCAUCCAUCACUCCUUCUUAUCCUCUCCUCUUCCACUGCUUUGGUUUAUGUCGAUAUGAUGUGCCCCACAUUUGCUAACUUUUUUUUUCAGCCAUGCAUUUUUAUUCAUUUGUCAGGUUAGUACAGAUGGUAUUCCUCGGUCCCUUUUUGUUAAUGGGAAUAACUGUAAAGUGAGUUACCUAAAUUACUCUGGGUAAUUGCUUCCCAUCUCCAGUGUUGAUUCUGCCCAAUGACUCUUAGCUAGUAAAUUUAGAUGUAGUUUACUGUGGAAAUGUCAUAGUGUACAAUGUGCUAAUCGUCAGGAUUGCCCCGUUGUCUAUACAUUUGGAGCCACAUGGCUGGUUAUUUUCAUUGUCACUGUACAAACAAAUACUAUCAAGACAUGUUUAGAACCGAGUACCAUCCCAUGACCAUGUUGUGAGAUUGUUUAAUAUCGGCAAGUAUACCGUUACUCUAUAGAUCAGGGUAAAUGUACGAAGUUGAUGAAUGCGAUUAGGAGCAUGCACAAGCGCGUUAGCCGAUUUCUUGUCUGCAACCUGCGCAAUUUGCAUAUUGAAAUCAGAAGCGGAUGUGGCCCACAGUGUUGUUGUCAGCGACCGAUUGAGAAAUGUGUUCAGGUUGGUAUUAAUGUGUGCAGGUGCUGACGUACGAUGCCUCGAAACACCAGCACAGUUUUAUGCGUGAGUGUACCCGCACGGUUUAAGAAUACAUUCAGGGUUGUUAGGUUAUAUUCCGGCGAAAUUUCAAUACCCAUUUUAUUUGAUAGAUGGCGCCCAUUGGCAGCUACGUAGAUAUUAUUAGAAGUAGAUAAUAGGGGAGGAGUGUGUCUUCAAUAAACAAGGAAAAUUUGUCAUUUACUAGCCU